CCCUCGAUCUUCCGGCACACACACACACACAAAAAUUCUCUCAUCAGUGAUCAGUCUUCACUGACCGGCGAAGUGAGCUCGAGCUUGCAGGGGUGGUGGGAGCGGCCGGCGACUGAGUGACUGACUGGCACGAUGGCCGCCGGCAGGGUCACCGAUGAGUGCGCGGUGGCGGUGGCGGCGGAGCGGCUGUGGAAGGCGGCCCUCGCCGACCAGGAGCACGCCGUCCUGCCCAAGGCCUGCGCCGGCUACAUCGAGUCCGUGGAGGUGGAGGGCGACGGCGGGCUCGGGACCGUCACGACCAUGCGGCUCAACCCGGCGGUGGGCGGGGCGGCGGCGUUCCGGAGCCGCCUGCUGGCGCGCGACGCCGCGGCGCGCGUGGUGAGGUCGGAGGUGCUGGAGGGCGGCGAGGUGAGCGCGCGGCUCAGGUCGCAGGUGACCGAGGUGGGCGUGGAGCCGGCCGGCGACGGCGCCUCCGUGCUCAAGAUCGCCGUGGAGUACGAGACCCGCGACGGCGCGCCGCUGCCGCCCGAGGAUCAGGCCAAGCUCACGCAGGGCUACAUCGGCCUCAUCAAGAAGGUGGAGGAGUACCUCGUGGCGCACCCCGAAGAGUUCGCCUGAGGACGAAGCGAUCUUCUUGCCAAUAAUUUAGAGCCGAUCGUGUUCUGAGAUCGUGGGCUUGGGAGAAGAGUUGGUACAUGUUCUGAGGUCGUAUGUGUUCUGUUUCAUGGCGGUCAUCUUGUUUCAUCAUGAAUAAAAGCAUGCGUAUGGGGUGUUGUUUGCAGGCCAAAAGUUUUGAACUUCAA